UUUACAAAUCAACGUGAGGAUCUGCCUUGAAGAAACUCUGCCUUGAAGUCUGGAUAGCAGAAGACACAGAUGAAAAAGACAACACUUUGCUGACUGGGAAUGAACUCCUCCAACUCAUCGACAGACUGUGAAUGGGUUUGCUGGUUCCAGAGGUGUGUGUAUGUGCCCAUUCUGGUCUUUGGCAUCCCUUUAAUCCUGGGCUCUCUGUGGCAGCUGCUGUUUCGCGUUCGACGCUGGAGUGAAUCCACCGUUUACCUUAUCAACCUGAUCAUCAAUGACAGCCUGCUGAUGCUGUCCUUGCCCUUUAAAAUACAUGCAUACAAGAAGGUAUGGACACUCGGGCGAACCUUCUGCUCCCUGCUGGAGAGCCUGCUCUACGUCAACAUCUACGGCAGCAUAUUAUUGAGUGUGUGCAUUGCUGUCGACCGCUAUAUCGCUCUACAGUUUCCAUUCAUUGCCUUGCGAUUGCGAUCUCCACGCAAGUCGGUGAUCGUGUGCCUAAUUCUGUGGAUAUUAGUAUUUGCAUGCAGCACUCCCAUCUACAAACUUCAUGAUGACCCUGUCAAUAAAACCGACAAAGUUUACUGUUUCCAGCAGUUCUCCAAUAAAACCUGGUCAAAGAGUUGGAUCGUGGUUUCGAUGGAGACUGUGUUUUGCAGCAGUACAAUAGUGAUGGUGUUCUGCUCGGUGCGAGUUGUGCAGAUUUUACACAGUAUGAGAGCACGAAACCCUGGCGAUGCUAAACUGCGCAGUAAUAAGAGCUUAAAAAUCGUGCUCAGCAACCUGGGGGUCUUUCUUGCAUGCUUCAUUCCAUAUCACAUAGCGGCUCUCAUAUACUUCCAUGCCAAGACGAACAAAUGGAAUGAAGAAACCAUCAGUCACCUGCGCUACUUUGUUCACGUCAGCAUAUGCAUUAGCAAUGUGAACAUCCUGGCAGACGGAGCGUGUUACUACUUCAUCCUUAAAGAGAACCUGGAGUGUGCGCAGAAAGAGAGGAGAAUGGCGAUACACGUCAGAGAGACGCGCAUACGGGGGGGAUCAAGGAGUCUUACGUUUGGAGAAAACCAUAAUGGCUCUUCUGUAAGCAGUGAAAAGAUGGAGAUAUGUGUGGAUACUGGUUUUACAUAAGGAUCUACAUAAACACUCAGGGAAAAGAUGGAGAUAUGUGUGGAUACUGGUUUAAAAUUAGGAUCUACACAAACACUCAGGGAAAAGAUGGAGAUACAGCGAGGAAAAAAAGUACUGAACAUGUCAUGUUUGUUUUGCUGGGAAUAAUAUUUCUAAAGGAGCUGUUGACAUGGAAUUGAACCAGAUUUUGGGUGAAAACCCAAACAACACAAACACAAAGAAAACAAAACAAAAAAUUGUGAAAAAUUAGUUAUGUGUAAUAUCAACGAAAUUACACACGUACUGAACUACUAAAGUGUAUUUAAUACUUUAUAUAAAAGACUUCAACAGAGUGUCAAAAUCUUGAGGGUUUUGUGGGCCUCGUCAAUCAAAUUUGAGCUUAAUUUUGUUUUCUCCAUUGGAUUCAGGUCAGGAGAUUGGCUGGGCCAUUCUACAGCUUGAUUUUCUUUCUCCGAAAGCAUUUGAGAGUUUCCUUGGCUGUGUUUUGGAUCUUUGUCUUGCUGAAAUAAUUUAAUCUUCAUCAUCCUGCUAAUGUAGUUAAAGCUGAACUGAAGCAGCUAAUAUUUAUUUACAAUGACAACAGGCAGAGGGUUGCUGAAGAACUACUGAGAGAUUUCAGCUGCUGUCUGGGCUUUCACUGCCUUUCUACACCUCCCUUUAAUCAUGUGUUCAAUACUUUUUCCCUGCGUCAUUUUAUUUUAUUAUUAAUAACUUAAUUUGUGAACUAAUUGUUUUUGUUUUCUUUGCAUAUAUGGAUUUCUUUGGUUGUCACUAACAUCGGGGAAAAUUUCAAGUCAACAGCACCUUUAGAAAUAUGUUUUCUGAGAAAAAUGGUGACGUGUUGAAUACUUAUUUUUCCCGCUGUAUGCGUGGAUACUGGUUUUAUGUAAGAAUCUACACAAACACUCAGGGAAAAUAUGGAGAUGUGUACAGAUACUGGUUGUACUUAGUGAUCUAUAUUAGGGUUGGGCGAUGUCCCAGCAUUGGCUCAGCAUUGUGAUGUGUAUUGCCGAUUGACGAUGGCAUCGUCUAUCGACCCAACCCUAAUCUAUAUAAACA